ACCGGCAUGGACACAGCCUCCCGCCAGCACCGUGCCAUGGGGCUCGCCCUCCUGGCCCCGCUCGCCAUGGGGCUGCUGGCCCUCUCCUGCCGCGCGGCCCCUCUCCAGGCCCAGCCGCGGGCGGUCGUCACCUUCCCCGGGGAGCUGGUCCACGGCCUGUCCGACGUGGAGCUGGCGGAGAGCUACCUGCUGCGGUUCGGCUACACCACGGAGGCGGAGGCGAGGACGAGCAGCAAGCACGUGUCCCUGGCCAAAGCGCUGCGCAAGAUGCAGAAGCAGCUGGGUCUGGAGGAGACGGGGGAGCUGGACGCCAGCACCCUGGAGGCCAUGCGGGCCCCCCGCUGCGGCGUCCCCGACGUGGGCAAGUUCCUCACCUUCGAGGGGGACCUCAAAUGGGACCACACGGACCUCACGUACCGGGUGAUGAACUACUCCCCCGACCUCGACCGUGCCGUGAUAGACGACGCCUUCAUGCGAGCGUUCAAAGUGUGGAGUGACGUGACGCCCCUCACCUUCACCCAGAUAUACAGCGGCGAGGCGGACAUCAUGAUCAUGUUCGGCACCCAAGAGCACGGCGACGGGUACCCGUUCGACGGCAAGGAUGGACUCCUGGCCCACGCCUUUCCCCCCGGCCAGGGGGUUCAGGGUGAUGCCCACUUCGAUGACGACGAGUUCUGGACGCUGGGGACCGGCUUGGUGGUGAAGACCCGCUACGGGAACGCCAACGGGGCCAGCUGCCACUUCCCUUUCGUCUUCGAGGGCCACUCCUACUCGCGGUGCAUCACGGAGGGGCGCACGGACGGGCUGCCCUGGUGUGCCACCACGGCCAGCUACGACGCUGACAAGACCUACGGCUUCUGCCCCAGCGAGCUCCUCUACACCUACGGCGGCAACGGCGACGGAUCCGCCUGCGUCUUCCCCUUCAUCUUCAACGGAGCCUCCUACGACGCCUGCACGACGGACGGGCGCUCCGACGGCUACCGCUGGUGUGCCACCACGGCCAACUUCGACCAGGACAAGAAAUACGGCUUCUGCCCCAACCGAGACACGGCGGUGAUCGGCGGGAACUCCCAAGGGGACCCCUGUGUCUUCCCCUUCACCUUCCUGGGGCGGUCGUACAGCGCGUGCACCAGCGCCGGCCGGCAGGACGGGAAGCUGUGGUGUGCCACCACCAGCAACUACGACACCGACAAGAAGUGGGGCUUCUGCCCGGACAGAGGUUACAGCAUCUUCCUGGUGGCUGCCCACGAGUUUGGCCACUCGCUGGGGCUGGACCACUCCAGCGUGCGCGAGGCCCUGAUGUACCCCAUGUACAGCUACGUCGAGGACUUCCAGCUGCACGCAGACGAUGUCAGGGGCAUCCAGUACCUCUACGGUCGUGGCUCUGGCCCCAAGCCCACUGCUCCUGCACCUGUGCCCACCGAGGAGCCCCAGCCCAUGCCCACUGAGGCAGGCAGUGCCUCCACCACGGAGGAGGAGGAGGCAGAGGAGGGAACACUGGAGCCCACGGCAGAGCCCAGCCCGGUGGACCCCAGCCGUGACGCCUGCAUGGAGAAGAACUUCGAUGCCAUCACGGAGAUCAACGGGGAGCUGCACUUCUUCAAGAAUGGCAAAUACUGGACCCGCUCGUCCUUCUGGAAAUCAGGCAUCCAGGGUGCCUUCUCCAUCACAGACACCUGGCCUGGCCUCCCGGCUGUCAUUGAUGCCGCCUUCCAGGACGUGCUCACCAAGAGGAUCUUCUUCUUCGCCGGUCGGCACUUCUGGGUGUUUUCUGGCAAGAGCGUGCUGGGCCCCCGCGGCAUCGAGAAGCUGGGCAUUGGGAAGGAAGCCGGCCGCAUCUCGGGGGCUCUGCAGCGGGGCCGCGGCAAAGUGCUGCUCUUCAGCGGGGAGAACUACUGGAGGCUGGACGUGAAGGUCCAGAGGGUGGAUAAGGGUUACCCCCGCGCCACCGACGAUGUGUUCACCGGCGUCCCCCUCGAUGCACACAACGUCUUCCUGUACCAAGACAAGUACCACUUCUGCCAGGGCAGCUUCUACUGGAGAAUGACCCCGCGCUACCAGGUGGACCGCGUGGGCUACGUGAAGUACGACAUCCUGCAGUGCCCGGAGCACUAAGGACUGGACUGGCCGCCCGGCUCAGGGCCGCCACGGCGCUCCCGGCCCACCACUCCCAACCCCUCCCAGGCUCUUGGUUCUCACUGUCCAAACUCCCUGUGGCCUGGGAGCAGGGGGGAGGGGGGGAGCCCGUUUAUCCUCCCAGGUGUGGGGCAGCCCCAGCCGUGCUCGGGGCUCACGGCCUCCCUGUCGGAAAGGGGUGAGGAGUCCGGGGGCUGCUCCUCGGACGCUCCCUGGCUCCUGGGAGCCCUGGCCGAGGAGCGGGAGUCUCGCCACAGCCCGCACCCAGGCAGCUCCCUGCCAGUGACGGCUCUGCCACGCAGAGGUGUUUGCCUGGUGCAAACUGCACAGAGAUCUGUAAUGACUUCGUCUUUUUCUGGAGCCAGUAAUGCCAGGUCAGCCCGGGCUCAGCUGGGAGCUGGCACCUGGGGACUUGGCACGGGCAGGGACGUGGGGCUCUGCAUCGCUCUCGCCUACUGCCUGCUCUGCCAACCUCCACCUGCACGUUUUUAUUAAAGAGAAUCCUUUGGA